AUGAGGGGAGCUUUGAAAUUUGAGACCAAAAAUUUUCAUGGUGUUACUCCAUGGUUCUGGGAGCAAAAACCACAAAGCAAAGAUAAAAAGAAAUUUGGCUACAAAUCUCGGAAUAUGAAGUUUUCUCUUCGGAAUAAUAAUGUAGUGGCACCAAGCAGUGAUCCUCCAAAAGUUCAGCCAAAUAGAAAAUCAAAUGUCAAUAAAAGAGAUGCUUCAGGAACAGUUCAAAGGACAAAUAAAAGUUCAAAUCAGCAACUGGCUACUACUAAACAAAAAACAAAGGAGACCUCUAAUACCAAACAAAAGAAACAUCCAUUUGCAGAAACUGUGACAUUAACCAAAGCUCAGCUGGAUGCUAUUUUGGCUUCUGUAGGAAAAUUACCUGUCACAGAUAAAAAUCUCUCCAGUAACAAUGAAAUCGAUACACUUAAGGAACAAACAGCUGAAAAAGAAGUGACAGAUACUGGAACAUCAAACCAAAAUGGUAGCCAUAUUGUCAAAAAUAGAGAAACCUCCACAAAAGAGGAUUAUGAACAGACAGCAGAAAAACUUAAAGAAGGCACAACCCAACACAGUGAAGAAUAUGAGAAAGAUUCAAACAUCAAUACACAAUUACAUGGCCAGGCAAAACCAGAUGGUAAUGAGGCCAGAAUUUCAACUCACAUUGUCCAAGAGAAAGCACCAAAUCCGUAUCCAGUAACUCAGAAAUUGUCUUUGGCUGAACGUAAAAAGCGGCAAUGGCAGAAAGAAAAAGCUGAGCAAUUGCAAAUAUAUGACCCAUGGGGCCGGCCUGGAGCUGGGGCUCCUUUAAUUGAUUCCAAGGGCCAGGUGAUUACCAACUACAAAAUGUACAAUUCUCAGGGAAAUAUGUUGACCAAUGACCAGUUAGGUUUGGCUGGAAAUGUCCUUGCAGAGAUUGGUCAACAAACAAAUCUCCCCAAUCAGUCAUAUCUACCACAACCAACAAGUGCCAACUUAGGAGAGUUUUCAAAUCUGGCUGAUACAACUGGUCAGAUAUCCAUUAUGCAGGGAAUUGAACCAUCAGAAAGUUCUUCAGUACUUCCUACCAUGUCUACAGAAUUAUCAAGCAUGUCUUUUGCUACUCAACAGCCAUCUAGUGCCAACCAAUUUAAUCCAACCAAUACUGAGGGUAAUAAAAGUAGCCGUCCAGUAGCUGUUGUACCAGCAGCCAUGAGAAGCAGCUUCCUAAUCGGGAAUAAUGGCAUCCCAGAUUAUGAGAGUGUUCGAGAAGAAGAAAAAAGGAAAUGGUUAAUGGAAUUAGAGAAACAGAAAGAAGAACAGAGGUUACGUAAGCUGGAACAAAAUGAUAAAUUUAAUUCACCCACAGACAAUGUAUCUUUCAUCCAUGAAGUCUCUUCUAUGGCACAAGGAAGUGAUGGCUCCCACAGUCAGAGAACUAGCCACUUACGGGGUCAUCUUAACCUGCACAUGGAUCCUGUCACCCAGCAACAAUUAGAAAUGAAAAAACGCAAGAAUGAAGAAUUGAUGCUGGAGCUCAAAGCACAAAUAAAUGAACAGCAGAAGCAAAAACAGUUAGAAUGGCAGAAAAAGCAGCUGGAGGAGGCAGCAGAUGAACAGCGGUUACUGGAGGAGCAGCAGUUAUUGAACCAGCAGUACCAACAAGAAUUGCAGCAGGAAAAACAGAGAAUUGAAGCUAAAGAAAAUAAAUUAAAACAAUUGGCUGCUACCAUUGAUCAAGCCAGAGAAGAGGCCUUACUGGAUAAGAAACUGAAACGACUUCAGUAUCUUGAACGACAUGGACAUGAUACAACUCGUCUGCAAGCUGACUUAGCAGCCACUUGCAAAUCAUUGUCCUCCUGGCAGUCCAAAGAUACCAAGUAUGCUGCAUCUUCAACAUCUGAUGUCACUAUUUGCAAUCCCAGUCAAACCUUGUCCAAUACUCAAGAUGGACUGCAAGACCAGUUAUCUGGUCAAUCAAAACUGAGAGAUUUUGCUUCUCAAACAGAUUACUGCCUGCUGUCUAAAUGUGAAUUGAGUGAUGUUGAAAUAGAAUAUGAAUUUGAAGAAGAAACUAACAAUGAAAAGUUUCCAGAGAAGACCAAUAUCACAAAUGUCAGACCAUCUGGAAUGAAAGGGAAGAAACCCAUUAAAAUACAGGACAGACCAACUUGGGGUUAUCAAAAUCCGAAUGGUAAAAAGCCAGUGAAAAAAAAUUAUGUAGCAAGGCAAGGCACAGAGAAAAAAGUUCCAAAUUCAAAAAUUGGGGCCAUGGGUUCCACAAACAAAAAAGAAAUUUCCCCUAAAUUUAAAUCUGGAACUGGUGCUUCAAAAGAUCCCAGCAGCACAAACCAGCCAUCAAAACAAAGUUCUGUGAGUCAGAAGCCUCAUUUGGGUGGACAACAAGAGAGAAUGUCUCGCCAAGUCAAAGCUGGAUACAAUCAAUCUUCCAUAAAAUCAGAUGCAAAACAAGUUAAAGAUCUGAAGAUAAAAGACAAAAUACAGAGGGAACCUUCACCUCCAGUGCCUGCUCUAAGGAAAAAGACAGCAACACUUAAACCUCAAAAAGAACCAGUGAUGAACAGAAGUCCUCGAGGAAUGUCUCCACCUGUACCGGCUGUAAGAAGAAAACUUCAAGGAGCCAGGCAAGAGAUUGAUAAAGGAGAACUGUGCAUUCAAACGGACACUUACAAUUAUGACCGUAUGAAAUCUGUCAAUCAGCAAGGGAGACCUGUUAAAAAACCCAAUAAAUAUGCUGAUAAUAUUCCUCUUGUGUCUCCAGUACCACAGAAUGACUUCAUCCCUUUCACUCGUACAUCUGAUGUCUUGGAUCCAGCCAAUGCUGAUAGCCCUGUGCCGAUUUCUCGAGAACAGUCUUCAAUUGUUAGGGGACGGGAGAGCUACUGGAAGGGUCAACAGCCAGCCAGUUUUGGAGACUCUGUUGAGCACUUUAUUGACCAGCCAAUGUCUGAUCAUGAGAAACUGAGUGUAAAAACCACCCUGGGAGAAGCUUCCUCAAGUGAGAAAAAGGCUCUUUUUCAAGAACUCUCUGCUCUCAAACAAAAAUUGAGGCAGCUGGAAUUGGAAACCAGUACAUCCAUGCUGGAACCGCAGCUGACUCCUUGA